UCUGAAAGGCAAGUCAUUUCUCCAGGCUUUGUAGCAGAGCAAAUGAGUGCUUUCCGUGAUCGACAAGAGUGGUAGAGAGAGAGAGAGAGAGAGAGAGAGAGAGAGAGUCUCAAAUCAAUUACGAAAGCAAAAGAUGGCAUCUUUGAGCCGGAGAGACGACGGGGAUUCUCCACUUCCGGCGAAAGCUCCAACCUUUUUCAAGAUUGUUUUGGACAAAGCUCUUCGAGAUGGCAGGCUUGAAAUUCCACCGGCGUUUGUAAUGAAGAAUGAAGAUUGUCUGGCGGAUUCCGUGUUCCUCAAGGAUCCAACGGGGCGAGUUUGGCGAAUAGAAUUGACAAGGAGAUGUGGCAAGGUGUGGUUGCAAAAGGGCUGGUCAGAAUUUGCAAAAUUUUACUCCCUGAACCAUGGAUACUUGUUGGUGUUUAGCCACGAAGGUGGUUUUUCACAUUUCCUAGUGCGCAUUUUUCAAAGGAAUACGUUGGAGAUUGAUUAUCCAAUCAGUUCAAGCCAUGAUGGGGUACCCAUGUUAUGUGGUGGAAUCCAGCUGCCGAAGAAUGAAGAACAUGGAGAUAAUGUUUCUGUCAAAAUCUUGGAUUCGCCUCGCCCAAAAACAAGAAGCGGUGGGGGCAUGCAUACGGAUGAGGAAAAAACCACGAGGUUAAGUGAUAGAGCCUUUUCGAGAGCUGUGAGUUUCAAAUCUAGCAAUCCGUUUCUCGUGGUCAAAAUGCAGCCAUCGUACAUAGCAAGUCAGUUGAGACUAUCUGGAUCGUUUGUCAGGCGACAUAUCUGUGCAAGAGGCGUUUGCGACAUGAACCUAGAGAUCUCGAGCAGGAGAAGUUGGCCUGUCAAGUGCCGCGUCGGGGUAUACAGGAGAAAACAAUAUGCAAGAGUCUAUGACGGUUGGAAAGCAUUUGCGCGAGAGAAUCGUGUUAAAGUAGGGGAUGCUUGUGUGUUUGAGUUGAUUAAUAAGGGUGGCACUCGCAGUGCUACAUUCAAGGUUGGCGUAUACCGAGCUUAAGACACAGAGCUUAUAGCCUUUGUGUCGAUGCUGUUCAGUUCAGUGUGGAAAAUUAACAAACUCUGUCAGGUAAUCUUUGUUUUGGUUCGACUGCUUAGUACUUAAUCUGUAAUUUGGAUAUUGCCAAGAUGAUUGUAUGCAGCCAACUCUCCAUGUAAUUUUUAUUUUACUCUGUCGAAUUUCAGAUUUCAUCCGAUUCUUCUUUAUCAUCCCCCAUACACGAGAAGUACACGAGAAAGACUUUCAUGGCACCAAAAAAGUAAGCAACCGCGGCAGAUUGAACCAAAAAAGUCAUUCUCAAUUGUAGGCUGAACAAUUAACAAGCUCAACAGAAUGAUCGACAAAUCAACCAUACAUCAUCACCGGUAAUGAACAAGCUGAUAUCUAAUACAUGGUAAAUUCCAACAUCCGCGAACCACAGUCAGCGGAAAGAUAAUAAAGCUUUCGAUGCCAAAGGAAUCGUCUCACUAACGAUCAGGCUACCCCUCGUGACAAAAACCAAAA